GUACACGGAAGCAGGAACAGGACUUGUCAAAACCUCCAACCUGUCGACCUGCAUUUGUCAACGCGGAUUCAAGCCGUGAGCUCAACGAAGACAGAUUACAUUUAUCCAGUUUGGGUUUUAAAUUGUUUUGCAGACACGAUGAGGACGGCUUUCCUGGUACACACAAUAAUUCUGUGUUUCUGCUUGGUCAGAGGUACUACAGUGCAAAACUCCCCAACGCUUUCACUCCCUAAGCAGGAAAGCAAACUAGAGAAGCCAAAUGGCAAUGACAACCAAACAGCAGCAUCCAGUGCAGUUAACAAAACCCAAAACAUAGCGGUUACUAAGGGGAAUGAAACUGACAAGGGAGAACAAGAACAGAAAACAAACCGAUCGGAAAACAUUGGGCAUGAGCCAGCAAAAACCCAAAGUCAGGAUAGCCUUACAAAUAAAAACGGAGAAGACAAAAAGAAGAAAACUGAUGAAGCCAAAGAUGUGACUACGACCCCAGUGAGACCCGGCGUAGGAGAGAAAGAAGAAGAAGAAAAAAAAAGUGUAGUUGAACCUGCAAAGCCAGAAGCGGGGGUCACCAAGGAGAAGUCAGAUGUAGAUAACACCAAGAACAACAAGCCAGAAGGCAGUGAGCAAAAGGAAACGCAGUCAGUGAACGCAACCGAGAAUAACCCCCAAUUAGAGGAUGCCAAUAACGAUCAAACGGCAGCCAAAAAUAAAGAACCCCAGAUCGACCCUUCUGGUGUAAGGGAUGAGACGGAAAGCAGUCAUUUCUUUGCCUACCUUGUCUCCACAGCUGUGAUGGUGGCAGUGCUUUACAUCGCUUACCACAACAAGCGCAAGAUAUUUGCCUUUCUCUUGGAAGGAAAGAAAUACAGAUCCACACGUCGACCUAAAUCCACAGAGUACCAGAAGCUGGAACAGCAUAUGUAAUUUUCAGUCCUCCUCUUGAAGCCAUUGCCUCGAGCUGCUGACUACACUGCGGGUGUGUGUAAGAAGAGGGUGUAUGGAUACUGGUGUUAGAUAUUUGACUUCACCUUGUGUUAAAUAGACCUUUUCUAUUUUAUACCUAUAGAUGCUUAUCGUGUGACUAUGCAGAUGACACUGUUGCCUUAUUGAGGGAAUUAGUGAAAUGCAGUGAAGGUAAAAUAAGCAUGCUGUAUUUGCACUUGUGUCAUUAUUCUACUUUUAAGGCAAUCUUGUAAUUUGACCCGACUAAGGUUCGGACUCAGGAUAUUUAAGUAGCAGAGGAAAAUAUGAGCCGUUUGGAUUCCAGACGUGUCUGCACAGUACGUUAUUGAUUGCAAUGUGCACUAAAUAAGCCAUCUAAAUAUUUGUAAAAUACUGUAUGUGUAUAAUCUCUUUGAGGUGAAAUGUAUGUUGGAUAAAAUAUAUCGAGAGUUUGAGAUGAAUGUAACCUUUUAUUUUCCAAACGAGAUGCUGUCAAAGUGCUCACCCACUUUAACUGCCCCAAGGCUUUAAGAUAUAACGUCUGUGCUUUAAGUACAUAUUGGGUGAUGCGGUGAGUUGCUUUCUUGCUGAGAGUUAGAUGAGAAGAUCAAUACCACUCUCAGAUAUUUCCGGUAAAUAUAACACUAAGGCUAAAGCCAGCUGCCGGUGAGCUUAGCCUAGCAUAAUGACUGGAAACCAAAGUCCACUUUCCAGUAGCUUUUAAAGCUCUCUAAUUAACACUGUUCUCAUCUAACGCUUGGAACGAGCAUAUUCCCCAAAAUGUUAAACCUGACAUAAAACUGAAUGUCUUAAACUGCUGUCUGGGUGUUGGGUGUGUAAAGUCACCUGAGGUGUGACUUAAAAUGUCUGGAAGUUGCGCUCUCUGACUUCCUUUCUUGAUGAUCUCUAACUUGGAACACUUGUUGCUUUGCAUGAAACUCUAGACUGAAAUGUUGUGACUUAUUGUAUAGAGAUUUAUAGUUUUGACGGGGGAUAGGUUGACCACUAAGGCAUUAGAUACAAUCGUUCCUCUAGAGUAGACGUGUUUACUUUCAGAGAUGACUUGUGCCAAAUUGUGAAUGAAUUUACUGUGAUUCUUGUUUUGUGCCUGUUUCCUAAAUUAACAUUGUAAAAAAAAAAAAAGGAAAAUAAA